GAAAACGUCAUUAAGCACGCGGAGCUGUCCGGGGUCCUGAAUCUUUAGCAGCGCUCAGAAACAAACCGAGAGUGAGGAAGCGCGCUAGCAACAAAUGGUCAAUUAUUAUAGAGAGCGAUUACCAGACACUAAAUGGUGUGAUAACAGCUCGUUUAGAGUUCAUAACGUGAGUUUUACAGUCGAAUCAAGACGAAGACAAAGCUGCAUGAGAUUUGACUAUUUAGUGAGCUUGUGGAGAUAAACGAUGUGUUAAACUGAGGCGAAGAAAAGCAUACAAAGGAAGAAUUAUUGUAUCAAAAACAUCGAAUCAGUGGAGACGUACACAUGGUUCAGAAGAGGACACGUACAGCGGCGUUUUGAAAUGGAAAGGGGAAACUAAUAACAUUUCAUAGUGGAGAAAACGGCGAACUGUAAUUGUGCUGCUUACUGCUAGUGUAGUAUUGUUAUUAUUUUUCACGAUGGACAAGAUGCUACCGGCCCGCGAAGCGGCCAAAAUCUACCACACGAACUACGUGAGAAACGCCCGGGCGAUAGGCGUCCUUUGGGCGAUUUUCACCGUAUGCUUUGGCAUCAUAACAGUGGUCUGCUUCAUACAGCCAUACUGGAUAGGGGACAGCGUGAACACGGCUCAGGCGGGCUACUUUGGUCUGUUUCACUACUGUAUCGGCAAUGCCCUGACCUCGGAGCUGACGUGCAAAGGAAGCCCGCUGGACUUUGCCACGAUUCCCUCUAGCGCGUUCAGGACCGCUAUGUUCUUCGUGGGGAUCGCCAUGCUCCUGAUCGUGGGCUGUAUUGUGUGCUUCGGGCUCUUCUUCUUCUGUAACUCCGCCACAGUUUACAAAAUCUGCGCCUGGAUGCAGCUGGCCUCGGCGGCGGGGCUGGUGAUCGGGUGUCUGAUCUACCCGGACGGCUGGGACUCGGACGAGGUGAAGCGGAUGUGCGGGGACAAGACUGACAAGUACACCCUGGGAGCCUGCACCGUGCGCUGGGCGUACAUCUUGACCAUCAUCGCCAUCCUGGAUGCACUCAUCCUCUCCUUCCUGGCCUUCGUGCUGGGAAACCGGCAGGACAACCUCCUGCCAGAGGACUUCAAGGUGGAGAAUAAAGAAGGGGCUCAUGCCUAGAACCCAGUUGCUAUGGAUUACCAGUGAAUUGGGUCUGAAUAUCUUCCAGUAGGCUGCUCUUCCACCACAGAUCCCCUUCACUGGCCCAGGGACCAAACUGGUGCUCCUUGCCUCAUUGUAAAUCGGGAGGCGAGUGUGUCCUGUUCCAAACUGAAUAUUUUGAACGAGUCAGACAAGUUUGAGAAUAAAAAAUGUAGGUCUGACACCUGCUCAGUUAAAAUGACCUUAAUAUCAAUUGCAGAAGGAAUGUAAACAUAUGUGUGUGUGUGUUUAUUUGUUAUGUACAAAGGGUGUUUCAAGCUCAACAGCACCACCUGGUGUUCUGUGGCAGGAUUGAAAUGAUGUUAUUUUGACUUGGUUACAGCACACCGCUUGCUCUUUUUGAAGAUUACAAACAUGCAUACUGGUUCUAAAAUGUGGAUAAACACUGAAGAGAAUUACAUCGUUCACAGCUUAAAAAGUGAGUGUAAUCGUUGAAAUGUUUUUGCUUACGAUUGUAAGUCGCCCUGGAUAAGGGCGUCUGCUAAGAAAUAAAUAAAUAAUAAUAAUAAAAGCUGUGUGCAAGUCAUCUCAUUCCAGUUUUUAUCAAGUUCCUUGCAAGUCGGGUUGACGCUUGUAUUUCUGAAUUGUAAAUAUUUCUUAACUUGCCUGCUAAAUAUAUGUCCAAACCCUAAAGUGUUCUCUUAGUGAAUAUGUAUAGGCAACACAGCAGGUUUAUUCAAUCCAUUGCCCGACCCGUUCAGGAGACGAGGUAGGGUUCAGGCUCAGUGUUAAAGCAGCGGUGAUUAGCAGUAUUUCAGGGAAGUGUAAAAGGAGCUGGAUCAGCUAUGAAGUGCCCUGUUUAAUUUACCAUUGAAAUACAACACGCGGCUCAUGAGCCAAGGUCAAAAUACCAGCUCUCCACCGUUUUCUUGGGAAGCAUUCCAGUAUAACAAAACCAGCUCAUUUCAAUUGUUGUUUUGUUUGAGUUAAAACAGCUUGAAUGUGACAUUCAUAAUGUUACACUCCUGCUGCUGCGGGUUUCAGAUUUGCAGACACUAACAGAUUGAUGUGGCUUUAUUAUAGGGCAGCAGUGUGGAGUAGUGGUUAGGGCUCUGGACUCUUGACCGGAAGGUCGUGGGUUCAAUCCCCGGUGGGGACACUACUGAUGUACCCUCGAGCAAGGUACUUUACCUAGAUUGCUCCAGUAAAAACCCAACUGUACAAAUGGGUAAUUGUAUGUAAAUAAUGUGAUAUCUUGUAACAAUUGUAAGUCGCCCUGGCUAAGGGCGUCAGCUAAGAAAUAAAUAAUAAUAAUAAUAACAUUUGCCAGGGCCACUGCAUGCUUGAUGAAUAAUGAAUAAUCGAGAAGAGAUUUAUGGUUUAUGCAGGUUAUAUAUAGUGUGUGAUCUAUCUCUCUAUAUAUAACAACAUACAUGCUGCCGCGCAUUAUGAGAACAAAAGAAAUGUAUCACUUAUAUUUGGAUAAAAUUCACUAGAUGUGAUCGAAAAAAUAACUGUUUUAGAGCAGGUGCGGUGACUUUAUUGUGCCAAUUAACAACUGACAUCAAGAUGCAAAAUGAUCACGCCAAUUGUACGAAGGCGCUGCUCUCUUGACAGACAUGGCAAGAUUGUUUUUUUUUUUCUGUGAUUUUCUUUAUUGCUUUUAUUCAAGCUUGCAAUUCAACAGCUGCAAUCACUCCAUAUCCAGUGUCCAAUCAACUGGAUCACUAAUUAGGUGAUUAAGUGCAUAUGCUUCAGUCAUAGUCACUCAAGCGUGUCAUGGUCAAGGGUGAAUGAUCGAGUGAUUAAGAAACCCAAAACAUUUCAUCAAUGCCCAUCAUUUAUAUACCUUAUUUAUUUACAAAAAUAAAUGUGUUAUAAUAGUGAUAAGUUUAUUUUGAUGCUCAGUGUGUGUGUAUAUAUAUUA